AUGGAGGCUGAAAAAAGGCUUAAGCCAAGUAUUAAAAAUCUCUACAAAAAAAUAUUAUCUUGGAAUUUAAAUUCUUCUGGCGAUUUUCCUCCUAAUAUGGAUAAAAGAAAAUUCAAGAACAUACCUGAUACAUUUAAAUCUAUUAAAGAAUACUUGGAUAUAUUUCAACCAUUAUUGAUAUUGGAAUGUUGGCAGAGUUUCCUCAAUGCAAAAGAUGAAAUGGAUGAAAAUGAUUCAUUUAUUUUUGUUGUUGAUAGUAUCAUGAUGAUAUAUGAAUUCAUAGAGAUUUAUGUAACUGUUCCAGAAUCAUCAAUAUCUAAUGAAUUGACAUGGGGCGAAAAUGAUCUUUUAUUAAUGAGACAGUUAACAUUAUCAGAUGAACAGGAUAAAUUGGAAAAUAAAAACAAAGAAUUCUUAACAAUAAUCAAAAAUAUAAAUGGUGACAAAGUUACAUUGUUAGCCUAUUUAGCUAAUGAUCCCAAGGAAAUUCAACGUGAGUUAAUAUCGUUAAGUAGAUGGAAAGUCAUAAAAGUAUCAAGUUUAACACCUGCUGUACGUGAAUAUUCUGCUUUAAUUGGAUUGCCAUAUUAUCGUUGGCGUGAUUUUAUUUUGAAUCCAAAAAAAAUAACAUCAACACUUAAAGUGCCAGCUGAUAAUAUAAAUAAAUAUAUGGAAAAUUACCAUAUUAAUAUAUCACAAGCUGAGGCAGUCUGGAAGGUUGUAAGUCGGGAAGAGGGGAUUACACUUAUUCAAGGACCACCAGGAACAGGAAAGACCUCUACAAUUGUUAGUAUAGUUAGUGAAUUAAGAAAAUUUUCUACAAAGUUCAAAUCUCGUGUUCUGGUUUGUGCUCCAAGCAAUUCAGCAGUAGAUGAAUUGGAAAAACGAUUUAAGCAGGGAGUAUAUAGUAAACAAACUAAAGUUCUUAGAUUUGGAAGAAAUGAAAGUUUUGAAAGGAGCGCGGACUCAGAAUUAAGGUCGAGAUUAAAGAAACUGGAAAAUGAAAUAUUCCAAACAGAACAAAAAAUUAAUGAACCAAUGAAUGAUGCUUGGCAAUUUUCUACCUUGCAAGCAAAAUCAAAUCGUUUGAAAGCUGAGAAAAAAUUCAUCAUCGAUGAGUUGACAAAAUUGACUACUACAAACAGUAGGUCAGAAAAAUAUGAUAUAUAUAGAACUUGGGCUAGUAAAGAAGAUCUGUAUGAUGCAGAUAUUAUAUGUGCUACAUUGGCUGGAAGUGGUCAUGAAAGACUGUUGAAUAUGGCAAAUGACUUUGAGACUGUGAUAAUAGAUGAGGCGGCACAAUCAAUUGAAUUGUCUAGUUUAAUUCCAUUAAAGUAUAAUCCUAAAAGAUGUAUAAUUGUUGGAGAUCCUAAUCAAUUGCCUCCAACAGUUCUUUCACAAAAAGCAACAGAAUUCUCAUACAAUCAAAGUCUCUUUCUUAGAUUUCAAAAACUUGUGCCUGAAUGUGUACAUCUUUUAAAUACACAAUAUAGAAUGCAUCCUGAUAUAAGUAAAUUUCCUAGUGACUUGUUCUAUAAUUCUGAACUAAAAGAUGCAGACGGCUUAUCCGAAAAAAAAUUACAGCCAUGGCAUGGAAACAAAUUUUUUGGUCCUUACAGAUUCUUUGAUAUACAAGGCUCAAUGGGAUAUGAUAAAAGCUCAAUAUAUAAUAGAAAAGAAGCUCAUACUAUAUUACAAUUAUAUAGUACUUUGGUCAAAGAAUAUCCAGACAUUGAUGGAAAAGUAGGAAUUAUUUCUCCAUACAAACGACAAGUAUCUGAGCUCAAGAAACUUUUUAAAUCAAAAAUUCAACAUAUCUCAUAUUUAUCAAUAGAUUUUAAUACUGUUGAUGGUUUUCAAGGGAAAGAAAAGGAUAUUAUAAUAUUAUCAUGUGUUCGUGCUGGUGAUGCUAAAAGUAUAGGGUUUUUACGAGACUUAAGAAGAAUGAAUGUUUCAUUAACACGAGCCAAAAGCUCAUUAUUUAUUAUUGGAGAUUCAAAGUCUUUAGAAACUAAUGAAAACUGGAACAAACUAGUUUUAGACGCAAAGGAGAGAAAUUUAUUUACAAAUUGUUCAGAUACUGAAUAUUGUAACUUAUUUGGUGUUAGUAAUAUUAUGAAAAUAUAUGCAGUCAAUACUUCCUCUUCACCUGUAGAUUGUGAAAGAGGAUCGGUGUUCUCGUCAAAAUGUAAGAUGAGAAAUUCAUUAAAUACCGAAACAUUAGAUAUGUUGAUGCGAGUAUCUUUUGGAGGGUCCACCAAGUAA